AUGGCAGUUCUUUCUGUUUUUAGGGUUUGUUUUUCUUUGUUGGCUGUUAUACCAGUGUUGAGCCAGCCUUUGGCUUUAGGGGUGGUUGUUCUUUUGUUUAGGCUGUUUUCGUGCGUAAUGGUUGGAUUGUGUGUCUCUUCUUGGUACGGGUAUGUUCUUUUUUUAGUGUAUGUGGGGGGUUUGCUUGUAAUGUUUGCUUAUGUGGCUGCGCUGGUGCCUAAUAGGAUUUUUUUAGGGUUUUGAGUCUUCUUUGGCUUUUUUUGUGGGGCGUGCCUGUCUGUCGGGCUUUACUUACUGUUAUAUGUCCAAGACUGUAAGGUAGUUUGUUGGUUUAAUGAGUUGGGUUCUGGGAAAUUUUUAUUUUCUUCUGGUUUUGGUUUGGUUAGGUCUAGCGGGGUUUCUAUUAUAGUGACGCUUGGGGUUGUUUUAUUGAUUAAUUUGCUUGCAGUUGUGAAGGUCUGUUACUAUCAGCAGGGUCCUUUGCGGUUUCACUCUGAGUUGAAGUAG